AUGCGCACAUGUGUGUGUGUGUGUGUGUUUGUCACAACUCUACAGGGUUUAGCUCACUCGGCCUGUGACGCUCUGCUCGCUUGCGCCGGCGGUCCGACCGGAGAGAUGGUGGCCGGGCGACAGACGCAUUGUCUUCUUGUGGGUUUGCAGAAUUGCGGCGCGGCAUGUCGACAGCGUGCCCAUCUCGGUUGGUUGGCGACUGUCGGUUGGACUGGCGCGGCGAGUGGCGACUCGUCACGGUUGACUGAUUUCCGCUCGGCCCUUCAAGUCAUCGGCCUCUGCCAGAGGCCCGGCCAACGCUGGCCCCUCAGCGCAGCUCUCGGCCUCACCGACUCGUCGCUCUGUCCACGGGCUCCCGUCGACUUGGUUGCCGGGGCAAUCGGCUGGCCGGCCCGGCCGAUCCGGCCCAUUCAUCUGCCCGGCCGGCUCUGCGAAAUGGAGGCGCUCACCAACCCAUGGCUCAUCGCGGCCACAGCCCGACUGCACACCUCCCUUCCGCCGCCUCGAGCGCCAGUCGAAGAUCCACCUACAGCAAAGCGGGUUGCCAUCCACUUUCAGUUUCAGUUUCAGUUUCAGCUUCACUUUUACUUUCACAUUCACUUUCACAUUUUUCUUGCUGUCGACGCAAAGUAUGCUUGUUCCACUCCCGUCAGGUGCCCAUCAUGCGGCCGACUAACGCGUUUUCUUGCAACUCUUUUCUCUGCCGUUCCGCCGUGUCUAGGCCUGGCGCUUGACGGUCGUGAGCACGACCCACCUGAUGGAUUCGAGCCGCAGUCUAUCGGUCAGCCUCGCGGCCGCGCACGAGGCAGAGCCAGCGAGUGGACAAAACUCGGUGAGUUCGUCGCCUCGACCCUCGACCCUCGCCAAAAGCCAACCUUCUCGACUGAACCAAACCGAUUGUCGGAUUGCCUUUUGCCCCCACCCCACCCCACCCCCCCUCUUUCCCUCUGCUGUCGACACACGUCGUCAUGCUCCUUUGCUCAAACGCGACAGCAGCAUCGGCCUCAACUUAAGUCUCACCUACUCUUGACGGGACUCGAGCUUCGGCCUGAAAGUCGGAUGUGGUGA